AUUUCCUCUGUAAAGUGUGGAGCCAUGUGGCAGUUCCUCCGACUUUUAGCCAGACCACUGUGCAUGAGACUGAUAUACUCACUGGCAUCAUGAUCGUUUUAUAUGCUCUCCAAAAGGUUUGGUUUUAGAGAUGGCCUCUUACACAUGCAUUACAUGCCGAGUGGCCUUUGCAGAUCCUGAUGUCCAGAGAUCUCACUAUAAAACUGACUGGCACCGAUACAAUCUGAAGAGGAAGGUAGCUGACAUGCCCUCUGUCACAGCAGAAAAUUUCCAGGAACGUGUAUUGGCCCAGAGAGCUGUGGUAGAGGAGCAGAGUAAGGAGACAGCGACCUACUGUACAGUGUGCAGUAAGCGAUUUUCCACUUUCAAUGCAUACGAGAACCACCUCAAGUCCAAAAAGCAUUUGGACUUGGAGAAGAAGGCAGCCCAAGCUAUUACCAAGAAGGUGGAGAUGUUGAAUGAAAAGAAUUUGGAGAAGGGUCUGGUGCCCGACUGUGUGGAUAAAGAUGCCAUGAACACAGCCAUUCAACAAGCUAUUAAACCACAACCUUGUAUGUCUCCCAAGAAGAAGGCUAACACAGGGCAGGAAGGUGGCAUUGCUCCUUCUGCAGAAAAACAAGAAUCCCAUCCAAAGAUCAAACCUGAAAAGCCCCCUAGAUUGCAGUGGUAUGAGCAACAAGCCAAGAGGAUGCAGGAGGCUGAAAGUCAAGCAAUGGCUGAAAUAGCUGAGGUAGAAGAUGGAGGUUGGGAAGAUAUGGAUUCAGAAGAGGAGGAGGAGGAUGUUGACAGUGAUGAAGAAAUGGAGGAUGUUGUUGGUGGUGAAGAAGGGAGCUUGUCUACUGCAGAAAAUGUUUCGCUGCCUGGGGCAAUUCCUAUCACAGACUGCUUGUUCUGUGGUCACCACUCCCGGUCACUGAUGAAAAAUGUUGCUCACAUGACAAAGGUGCAUAGCUUCUUCAUUCCUGACAUUGAGUAUCUUCAGGACCUCCAGGGCUUAAUUGCUUAUUUGGGUGAGAAGAUCGGCGUGGGGAAGAUCUGCCUUUGGUGCAAUGAGAAGGGGAAGUCCUUUUACACAACAGAAUCAGUCCAGGCUCACAUGAAUGACAAGUCCCACUGCAAGCUCUUCACUGAUGGAGAUGCUGCUCUGGAGUUUGCAGACUUCUAUGACUUUAGGACUAGCUACCCAGACCAUAAAGAUGGGGAAGAUGUUGAGAUGCUUGAAAAAGAGUUACCUGGAGACAAAAAUAUGGAGUAUGAUGAAGACACCAUGGAACUAGUUCUGCCAUCAGGAGCAAGAGUAGGACAUCGUUCUCUAAUGAGGUACUACAAGCAGAACUUUGGUGUAUCCAGGGAACUGGUUGUUUCCAGAAACCAAAAGGCUGUGGGCCGAGUUUUACAGCAGUACAAAGCACUGGGAUGGACAGGUGGGACCGGUUCAUAUCUUCAGUGUGGCCGGGAUAUGAAGUAUAUCCAGAAGAUGAAGUCCAAAUGGAUGCUGAAGACUGGAAUGAGCAAUAAUGCAACUAAGCAAAUGCAUUUCCGAUGCCAAGUCAUGUUUUAAAGUGGUAAUGGUUUAUUACACUCAAGUGCAGUGUGUAUCAGUUUAAAC